CAUAGACUGGGUGCCUUCAACAACAAACAUGUAUUUCUCACAGUUCUGGAGGCUAAAAACUCCAAGAUCAAGGUGACAGCAGGUCCUAUAUCUGAUGGGGGAGUGCUUCCUGGUUUUCAGAUGGCUAUCUUCUCACUGUAUCUUCACAUGGUGAAGAGGCAAGCAGGAGACCUCACAUAUGACCAGCUUACAUAUGGUCUUAGUGAAGAUUGCAGUGUCAAUUUCAUAAUUAAAUGCCUUAAUGGAUAAAGAAAAAUUGGAUGGUAAGAUUGAUUAUUGUAACUGUGCAAUGGAUUCCUCAGUGGAAAACAUGUAUGUAAACAAAGUGUGGGUUCAAUGUGAGAAUGAAAAUUGUUUGAAAUGGAGAUUGUUGUCAAGUGAGGAUGCAGCCAAAGUUGAUCAUGAUGAACCAUGGUACUGCUUCAUGAACACUGAUUCAAGAUAUAAUAACUGCUCAAUUUCUGAAGAAGACUUCCCUGAAGAGUCUAAGCUUCAUCAGUGUGGAUUUAAGAUUGUCUAUUCACAGCUCCCUCUUGGAAGCCUGGUUUUGGUAAAAUUACAGAAUUGGCCAAGUUGGCCAGGGAUACUUUGCCCUGACCGUUUUAAAGGGAAAUAUGUGACCUAUGACCCAGAUGGAAAUGUUGAAGAGUAUCACAUAGAAUUCCUGGGCGAUCCUCAUUCAAGAUCAUGGAUAAAGGCAACCUUCGUUGGACAUUAUAGUAUCACAUUAAAGCCAGAAAAAUGUAAGAAUAAAAAGAAGUGGUAUGAAAGUGCACUUCAAGAAGCAUAUCUACUCUAUGGAUAUUCUCAUGAGCAAAGACUGGAAAUGUGCUGCCUAUCAAAACAACAAGAUAAAUCCAGAACACAUGACAAAGUUGCUGCACUGGCCAAGAAAGGGAAGCAGAUUUCUAAAAAUAAUAUUGAAAAGAAGAAGCCCAAACUUAGAAAAAGGAAAAGGAGAGCAAUUUUAAAAUGCUCUUUUGAAAAUGUUUGUUCCGAUGAUGCCUUAUUGAAGGAAAACAUGGUUGUAUCUGAGACGGAAGUUUUACUAAAAGAGUUGGAGCAAAUGCUGCAGCAAGCACUGCAACCCACAGUCACACCUGAUGAGUCUGAAGAAGGAUAUGGAGGGGAAAUAAAUACGGGAGAAAAGUUAUCUAAAUGCAGCCCAGAAGCUCCUGCAGGCAAUCUGUUUGAAAACCACUGUGAAGAGGACUAUCUUGUAAUUGAUGGGAUAAAAUUAAAAGCUGGAGAAUGUAUUGAGGAUAUAACUAAUAAAUUUAAAGAAAUAGAUGCUUUGAUGUCUGAGUUUUAUAAUACUAUACAUUUUUAAGUUAAUUAUAAAAAUAUUGGCAUCUUUAUAUUUAUCCAAAGUUAAAACCUUAAAAAUGUUUGGUGAAAUAGGUAUAAAUUAUACCAAAGUUUAUAUUUGCAAUAACUUUCUACUUCAUAUUUUGAGAAUGGCCAUGAUUUUUAGAGCCAGUCAAAUGGUAUUUAAGUUAGUGUUAAAAAUUUAGAAUUAAAAAACCCUGAUAGUUGUAUUUAUAUAUUUCUUGUUUGCCUUAAUUUUUAAAUGGUUUGUGAAAUUGCCUCACAAACAUAUGCUUUACAAUGAUUGUUUAGGCCGUUUAUUCAAAAAUGGAUAACUUAAAAUGGCUGGCCAAGCUAUUAUAAAUCUCAGAGGUAAUUCAAAUCUAAUAGACUUAGAGAAUGUAUAUUUGUGGUGGAAUCAAACUAUUACAAAAUAAAAGGAAAUAAUUUUU